AUGACAAAAAAAGUCGGAUCAUCCGGUGAAGACACCGCAGUAGUACAAAUUAACAAUUAUACGAAUGAUGCGAAUAUGGAGAAGGAACUUGAUACAGUUCACGAAAAAGUUAUAAAUGAACAAACCCAUAUAGAAAAUAACAAAAUAUCAUAUUGGAAAUUAUAUAGUCAUGCUACGAAGCAAGAUUGGAUUUUAAUGAUAUUUGGUCUGAUUUGCGCCACCAUUUCCGGUAUCAUUGUCCCUUUUAUGACAGUUCUCUUCGGACAAUUAAUUGAUAGCUUUAGUCAAUUUCAAACCAGAAAAAUCGAUAAAAUUGAAUUCUUGGAUAAAGCCAAUUAUUUUACACUUUUAUUCGUUUAUUUUGCUAUAGUUGCUUUUUUUACCAAUUAUUUUUAUAUGGCAUGUUGGGUCGCGACUGGAGAAAGAAUUACUCGAAGAAUUCGUGAACAAUAUUUUCGUGCGAUCUUAAGACAAGAUAUCGCUUAUUUUGAUAAACUUGGUGCUGGUGAAGUAACUAUGAGAAUUACUAAUGAUACUCAUUUAAUUCAAGAUGGCAUUAGUGAAAAAGUUUCAAUGGGAUUUUCCUUUAUGGUGCAAUUUUUCGCGGCUUUUACUAUAGCAUUUAUAAUAAAUUGGAAAAUGACUUUAGUAAUCUUUGUUAUAUUUCCUAUGGUCAUGCUCAAUGGUGGAAUAUUUAAUAGAUUAAUAGUUAAUUAUAAAAGAAAGGUGUUAGAUUAUUAUUCUAAAUCUUCUGUUAUAGCAGAAGAAUCAAUAUCUACAAUUAGAACAACUAUCGCAUUCUCUCAACAAAAAAAUGUUUCAAAACUUUAUGAUUCUAAAUUAGAAGAUGCUAAAUUAUCCGGCGUAAAAUCAAGUAUAUUAAAUAGUUUUGGUAUAGGUACUAAUGAAUUUAUUUUGAAUUCAGCUUAUGGCUUGGCUUUUUGGUUUGGUUCAACUCAAAUUAUCAAUGAUGAGACAACUUCAGGAAAAGUUAUUAGUGUAUUCUUCUCAGUAGUAGCGGCAUGUUUUUCUGUUAAUCAAAUUAUGCCUGAUAUUAUGGCAAUUAAUAGCGCUAAAGGAGCUGCAGGAAAAAUUUAUGAAACAAUAGAAAGAACUCCUCCAAUUAAUAUUGAAUCAAAGGAAGGUGAUAUAUUAGAUAAUGUUAAAGGUCGAAUUCAAUUAAAGAAUCUCUCAUUUUUUUAUCCUUCACGUCCAGAAAUAAAAACUUUGAAAAAUGUAUCUUUGGAUAUCGAACCUGGAACUACUGUUGCAUUAGUUGGUUCUUCUGGUUCUGGCAAAAGUACGAUUGUAUCACUAGUUCUUCGUUUUUAUGAUCCUAUCGAAGGAGAGAUUUUAUUUGAUGGUCACGCUAUCAAAGGGCUUAAUUUAAAAUGGCUUCGAAGACAAAUGAGUCUCGUGGGACAAGAACCCGUUCUUUUUAAUACUACAAUUGCGAAAAAUGUUGCCUAUGGAUUAAUAGGAUCAGUUUAUGAAGAUAUUGAUGAAAAUAAAAAACAUGAAAUGAUCGUACAAGCAUGUACAAUGGCAAAUGCUCAUGAUUUUAUAAUGAAAUUACCAGAUAAAUAUGAAACAAAUGUAGGGGAAGGAGGAUUUUUAUUAUCAGGAGGACAAAAACAACGUAUUGCAAUUGCAAGAGCGAUCAUAAAAGAUCCAAAAAUUUUAUUAUUAGAUGAAGCUACUAGUGCACUUGAUACUAAAAGUGAAAGUGUUGUACAGGAUGCUUUGGAUAAAGCUUCAAAAGACAGAACGACAAUAGUUAUAGCUCAUAGGUUAUCUACCAUACGUAAUGCUACAAAAAUUGUUGUAAUGAAUAAUGGUGAAAUUGUUGAAAUUGGUAAUCAUGAUGAAUUGAUUCAAAAUCCAGAAGGAGCUUAUUCAAAAUUAGUUUCAGCGCAAAAAAUUCAAAACGAAGAAAAAGACUUUGAAGAAGAUUCUAUAAUUGAAAGAAAUUAUAGACUUUCACAUAGAUUGUCAAGACCCGCACCCGUUGUUAAUGAAUAUAGUGAUAUUGAAGAAGGAUCUAAUACGGAAUAUCGUUAUUCUACUUGGGAAUUAAUUAGAAAAAUUAGUAAAAUUAAUCAUUCGCAAUUGUAUUUAGUAUUUAUUGGAAUGACUGCUUCAUUUAUUUGUGGUACGCUUUUUCCGGUAUUUGCUAUUAUAUAUGCAAAAGUUAUAGAUGCUUUUACGAAACCUAAAGAUGAAUUACGAGAGGAUGCAAAAUUUUGGUCACUUAUGUUUCUUGUUAUCGGUGUUGUUGUUAUGAUAUGCAGUUUGAUUGAAGGUUUAUGUCUCGGAAUAGCCGGAGAAAACCUCGUUCUUCGGAUUCGUUCGAUAUCAUUUUCUUCAAUAUUACGACAAGAUAUUAGUUUCUUUGAUAAAGAAGAUAAUAAUGUUGGCGCUUUGAUCAGUAUAUUAACAUCGAAUGUAACGGAUAUUGGUGGAUUGGCUGGUGUUACACUUGGUACUAUCUCACGAACCCUUUCUACAAUCAUAGUGGGAAUUAUAGUUGCAUUAAUAGUUGGAUGGAAGUUAACACUUGUAGUAUUAACAACGGUACCUUUGUUAAUGACCGCCGGUUAUCUUAGAUAUAAGAUGAUGGCGGGAUUCAAAGCACGUACACUAAAGGUUUAUGAAAAAUCGGCACAAAUAGCGUGUGAAGGAACAUCUAAUAUCCGUACUGUCGCUUCUUUAACAAGAGAAGAAGAUUUAUUAAAAAUAUAUAGUGAUAUGUUGGAUGGUCCAAUGAAAGAAGGAUAUCAUAAUGCAAUUUUUGGUAGUUUAAAUUAUGGGUUUGCAGCUAGUAUGAAUUAUCUUUCUAAUGCUUUAGCAUUUUGGUAUGGAACUCUUUUGUUUACGAAUGGAGAAUAUGAUGUAUACAAAUUUUAUACUGUGUUUAUGGCAGUACUUUUCGGAGCGAUGUCAAGUGGACGUAUUUUUAGUUACGCACCAAAUAUAACAAAAGCAAAAAUUUCAGCAGAAUCUAUUAUAAAAUUAAUUGAAAAUGUUCCAAAAGUAGAUUCUUGGUCUAAAGAUGGAAAAAAUAUUGAUAAUGUUAAAGGAUAUGUCAAAUUUUCUAAUGUUUAUUUUCGAUAUCCUACACGUCAUAAUGUACCAGUACUUAAUGGUCUUAAUUUAAACAUUAAACCAGGUCAAUUUGCUGCAUUGGUUGGACCAUCAGGAUGUGGUAAAAGUACUACAAUAGGAUUAAUUGAAAGGUUUUAUGAUGUGAUAAGUGGAACAAUCCAAAUAGAUGGAGUUGAUAUAAGUACUUUAAAUGUUGAUGAUUUAAGAAAACAUAUUUCACUUGUUAAUCAAGAACCUUCUUUAUAUGACAUGACUAUAAAAGAAAAUAUUUUAUUUGGUUGUAAAUCAGAUCAAAGACCGACGCAAGAUGAUAUUGAAAGAGUUUGUAAGGAAGCUAAUAUUCAUGAUUUUAUUAUUAGUCUACCAGAUGGAUAUGAUACUCCUGUUGGUAGUAAAGGAACUCAAUUAUCAGGUGGACAAAAACAAAGAAUCGCAAUUGCAAGAGCAUUAAUACGUGAUCCAAAAAUUUUAUUAUUAGAUGAAGCGACUUCAGCUUUAGAUUCUGAAUCAGAAAAAGUUGUACAAGAAGCUUUGGAUAAAGCUGCAAAAGGUAGAACUACGUUAGCGAUAGCACAUAGAUUAUCAACCAUUCAACAUGCUGAUAUUAUAUUCGUUAUAAAAGAUGGUAAAGUAGCUGAAAAAGGUACUCAUCAAGAAUUAUUAGCAAGAAAAGGAAUUUAUUAUAAUAUGGUACAAGAUCAAUAUUUGGGUAAAACGAAUUAA